AUGAACACCCUCAGCAACCCUGCCCUCAUCAAAGAAUGCACAGACCUAGCCCUCGAGAUGGCGUCCUCCCGGCCUGAGGAGUUUGCCGCAGGUGACGACGAGACGUUGAAGGCAGACGGCGUACACGCUCUCACCGAAGAUCUUUUCACGCGGUACAGCGAGCUUGCGCGCCGCACGCUGGCCCUGGCAGGCUUGCCCGCUGAAGAGGAAACGGCGGAGAUGACCCGCCUGCUUGACGAGGAGCUCGGGAGGACAUAUAAGCGGUUCUACGACUUUGUGUAUGCGGAGUUGCCGUUUUGUUGGAGGGUGCUGUAUACGGAGCUGAGCCUGAUGAAGUUUGUCGUCCUAGUCACGACGGGCGCAGCAAGCGACGAUGCGGGAAAGGAAGAGCUGCUGGAUGAGCUGGUCGGGGUGCUGGAUAAGGCUCUCAUUCUCGCUGGCGGCGCGGGGAGGAGGAGGGGACGGAAGGUUAUCGAGGAAUUGCUUUCGUAUCUCGAUGCCCCGACGCAGGCUACGUCGUUGCCAGAGACGUUCCCGACUACGAGGACCUUCACGCCGCCUGUGACGAGGCCGAUUAAGGUCGUGGAGGGGAUGUCCAUGGCGAGGUUCCAGCGGUACCUUGACUCGGCGGGGGACCUCGGGCCGGAGCCGCUGGUGCUGAAGGGGCUGCUGACGGAGUGGCCCGCCUUGUCGAGCCGGCCAUGGGACAGCCCCGCGUACCUGAUGAGCAGGACUUGCGGCGGGCGGCGGCUGGUUCCCGUGGAGGUCGGACGGAGCUACGUCGACGAGGGAUGGACACAGGAGCUCAUCCCGUUCAAAGAAUUACUGAGGCGGAUCACCGGCGAGAACGGGAAGACGACGUAUCUCGCGCAGCACGAGCUCUUCACGCAGCUCCCGCACCUGCAGAACGACAUCCUCACGCCGGACCACUGCUUCACCGCCCCGCCGCCGCACCCGCUCGACCACUCAAAGAACAAGCCGGAGCUGGAUCUGCCGCUGGUGAACGCGUGGUUCGGCCCGCCGGGGACGAUCACGCCGCUGCACACGGACGGGUACCAUAACCUGCUCUGCCAGGUCGUCGGGGCCAAGUACCUGCGGCUGUACGCGCCGCACGACUCCGAGGCGCUGUGUCCGCGCGGGGAGGAGGAGGUGGACAUGUCGAACACGAGCGGGUUUGACGUUGGCGCCGUGGAGGGGUGGGACGAGGACGCGGAGGGGCGGGACGCGAUUGAGCUGGAGGAGUUCCGGGGGCUGCGGCACUGGGACUGCGUGCUUGAGAAGGGGGAUGUGUUGUAUAUGCCGAUGGGGUGGUGGCAUUAUGUGAGGAGUCUGAGUGUGAGUUUUAGUGUGAGUUUCUGGUGGAACGGAAAUCACGUUGAGGCAGAAGGGUGA